GUGUUCGUGGAAAUAACAUUCAAAAUCUCAAGGAGUUGUCUAACUAUCUAUAAUGGAGUUUUCGGAAGACUGGAAGUCCCUAUGGCCCGUAUCCUUAUCAUUCUCUCCUCCACUCCUCCUCCCAAACAAAACAUCAAAACGGAAGCGUCUCGAGAAAAGAUCUAUUGGACCUCUAAUCUUUAACCCAUGUCGGGAAACGCUGAUUCAGCUUUUUUACUACCCUUCCAUAUCCCCUCGCCUUCCUCCACCAUAUCCAGAAGUCACCCUUCCAAAAUUUCUACUUACAUCAAGUACCUUACCCAUUGCCUCUACCAUUGCAUCUGAUUUGAGAGGCUCACAGGAUCCUGACACUGUUCACAACUUCAAUGCUCUUCAGUUGCUUCAUUGCCCUAACCUAGACGCUGAUAGUGAUGAUACUAUGGUUCUUGCUUUUUUCCCCACCGGCGAUAAUUCUGACCAGCUAGGGUUUGCUGUGCUCACUAUGAACGAUUCUAAAUUUAUGAGCGUUAAGAAACGCAAGGAUAAGAGCGAUUUCUUUGUGCAUAGUCGCAGGUUGAACCAUCGGAUGUCUAGAUUAUUGAUCAAUCCAGUUGGUGAUUUUGAUGUCUUUUUAUCGUCUUCAUCUUCAUCCUUUUGUUAUACUGUUAUUGGAUAUGUCAUGGUUUGCACAACAUAUUCUGUGCAUUGGUAUAUUGUUAAGAUGCCUAGAGAUGUUGGCUUAGGGGAUGUAGUUUUAGAAUAUGGUGGCCAUGCUGGUGUUAAGUUAUUUCAAGGUUCUUCUAUUGUUCAUGCCUGUUGGAGUCCACACUUGAGCGACGAGUGUAUUGUGCUUCUUGAGAAUGGCAAACUCUUCUUGUUUGAUAUGAGUGUUUGUUUGAAGAAAAUUAACAGGAGAAUGUUAGACGUGCAAGGCCAAAAAUUGUGUAUUUCAUGGGGCAGUUACUUGAAUAAAAAAAGUGGGAGCUGGUUGAGUUGUGAAUUCAGUUGGCACGCUCGACUUUUGGUGGUUGCUCAUUCUAGUACACUUUUCCUAGUUGAUUUGAGUUCUGACAGCUGUAAAGUUUCCAUUUUAUUAAAGGCUGAUUUUUUAUCGACUGAGAACGUUGAUAGAUUUGUUGCUAUAUCUCAGUCAGAUUCCAGCGGCUUUUGUUUUGCAGUUUCUUCAAAUAGUUUGCUUAUACUCUGUGAUGUGAGAAAACCAUCUAUGCCAGUGUUGCAAUGGGCUCACAAUCUCCGAAACCCUAAAUACGUUACAGUUUUCAAAUUAUCCACACUUCGCCCAACUGCCGAAGACCAUUAUGAUUUCAAGUGGGCAUCUGAAUCCGGCCACUGCAUUUUAUUAGGUUCGUUUUGGAAUUGUGAAUUUAUUCUUUUUUUCUAUGGACCACCAGAUGACAGGAGAGGACCCCAUGCUAUUUCAAGUGUGUGCAACUCAUUGUCUUCAUGGGGCGUACCUUCAGAACUUUGUUUGUCGGGGCGUGAAUGCUUUUGUGGAAGUUGUCUCGUAAAAGGAGAUUUCCUUAAGGAUCUUCUUCUGGUUUGGGUUGAUUGGAAACAGAAGAAACACAUUGUUUUGGGUUUUGCAAUUCUUGAUGGGUUCUCUCUUGUUAGAUUAAUGUCCUCUGGCAAACUAGAAGCUCAAAGAUACGUUGCGGCUUGGGAAUUCAAUAACAUUUCGGGAGAAGCCCACAAAGACUCUAUGUUGAGUAUCACCAAAGAGAAUUUCCUGUAUGACACAUACGAUUAUGAGGAGCAUGCAAAACACAAGUUUGAAUACCUGAAAAUGGACUUCCUUAAAGAGUAUUUGUGUGGCAAUCUUGCUCAGCUUGUUGACAAUAAACAAAAAAGCAAUCAGAGGUGUGCUGAGGGAAACAAAUCAAAGUUCCAUCAUGAGAUAUGUGAGAAGCUAAAGGAAUGUGGCACUGCAUUGCUAAGACCGCCACAUGUUAUUUCGGUAAUAUUAAAAAAAGCUGUCACCUUUCCCACUAGCAUUAAUGAGGUUGCAUUGAAAAGUAUUUGGGGUAGUUUGCCUAUGAAUCUCCUUGCCUUGGCUGCUUUUUCUGCCUUUUUCAAUGGCAGUAAAGUCUUUUCAGAUAAAACUCGAUUUCUUUUUCCUUUUGCCUCUUCAUCUAAUGAACAGGUGCGAUCUUCUCAUGAUGAUGUUGCUGCCCAUGUCAGCCCAGUUCUUCCCACUCAUCUCUUGAUUGUUCUUCGUAAACAUGAAUUGGAAGAAACUGGUAUUUCCCCCGUUGAUGAUGAAUUUCAAAAUGAGUGCGAUAAAGUUUUGAAAACAGCAUUUGCAAUGCAGAAUGGAGAGAUGUUAUCACUUGCCGAUGAAAAUGAUGAGAUACCAAAAAUGGCUGGAAAAAUGAAUGUUUUUUGCUUUCAUAAACCUACUUUUACUUCUUCAAGAUCUGAUGACAACCUAAGUAGGACAUAUCAGACCUUUGUUUACAAGAAAUGUCAGAAAGAGGUCUUAGGGGUGGUGGAGGAGGUCUUUGAUGAGGGAUGCCCAUUAGAGUUGAAUUUCAAUUGCUGUGAUUUUGACUUGACACCAAAUGAACUGGAUUUUCUUCAGCGCAUGAAGAGGCACGACUUGAAUUUUGUAGAACGAUUCCAGCCAUAUCAAGAAUAUCUGUACAACCAAGAAAGAUAAGUUGGUGGGAUUCAGUUGUUUUUCCUAAUGUUGAGCAUUGUGAUGAAGCUGAUUUAGCAUGCAGAUACAGGAGCUUGCUAACAAGAGAGAAGCUGACCCAAGUAUACUGCCCCUUUUUAUGUUCUCUCGGUGAUGUCUAUUCAAUUUGUUGUGAAGAGCUGUAUUGAAAACCUUCAUGUCAACUGAAUGCAAAAUCUCUCAAAUAAGAAGAGGGGUUGGAUGGCAAGCAAUAAAAAUUGCCCUUGAGCCUAUACAAAAGGGAGAAGAGGCGAUCUUGUGAUAAUUUAUUCUGCCAAUGCAUGUUGUCAUGAUGAUCCUUGUGAGAUAAAAACACCUACUCCGUAUUAAUUUUUAUUUUUGGCCUGCUAUGGCAUUGAUAUUAAUUGGCCUUGGAUCAUAAAUAUUUACAUUUAUAGAUUACUACGUAGUAUUUCGUAUAUAGAUGAUGAGCUUCCCCUGGAGGAGAAACAGGCUUUUCUUGCAGAUUAUGGCUUCAGAUGUAAAUGUCCCAAAUUUCUUGAAGACUUUUUGAAAUUUUGAGCGUGAAUAUGCUAUCUGCAUGUUAAUUAAUUUUCGUAAGUUUCUUUAGGCAGUUUAAUUUUAUA